GGACCCCACCACCCCCAGAACAAGGGGGGCAUAACAGAGAUUUAACCAAUGCCAAGGUCACAGCCACCGCUGAAAAGGGGUUCCCAUUUCGGUGGUAUUCACAAAUCACAAAUCUGAUUCUUCAGCCAACGACGACUCGGUCUACCACUUAGGUUCAGACUGUACAAAGCUUAAGAAGCACAAUGGCUGGCUCUAGGGUUGCUCAUGCCACCUUGAAAGGACCAAGUGUUGUCAAGGAGUUAUGCAUUGGGCUGGCACUUGGUUUGGCAGCCGGUAGCCUCUGGAAAAUGCAUCACUGGAAUGAGCAGAGGAAAGUGAGGCAAUUUUAUGACUUGUUGGAGAAGGGUGAGAUUAGCGUUGUUGCCGAAGAAUAAAUCUUCUUAGUUUCUGUCAUGUGUCUAUGGACACAUUCAGCAGUUUGAUCAUUUUAUUUUCCCCUAUAUUUGGCUCCUGAAUCUAAGAUGAGCUUAGUUUGGAAUUUAAGGGAAUAAACAUAUUGUACUGAUUUGUGGAGUACAGUGUUUGCUUUAGAUAUAAAUUCAUGAAGUUUCAUGGUA